AUGUCGAAGAUCACAGUCGCUAAUGUCCGGACGCAAGUCUCCGAGCUCUUGGAGUACUCCAACGAGACCAAGAAGCGCAACUUCCUCGAGACCGUCGAGCUCCAGAUCGGCCUGAAGAACUAUGACCCCCAGCGUGACAAGCGUUUCUCUGGCACCAUCAAGCUGCCUUCCAUCCCCCGCCCCAACAUGGCUGUCUGCAUUCUUGGUGACCAGCACGAUAUCGACCGUGCCAAGCACGGUGGUGUCGAUGCCAUGUCCGCUGAUGACUUGAAGAAGCUGAACAAGAACAAGAAGCUCAUCAAGAAGCUCGCCCGCAAGUACGACGCCUUCGUCGCUUCCGAGGCCCUCAUCAAGAUGAUCCCUCGUCUCCUCGGCCCCGGUCUGUCCAAGGCCGGCAAGUUCCCCACCCCCGUCUCCCACUCCGACGACCUCACUGGCAAGAUCAACGAGGUCAAGUCCACCAUCAAGUUCCAGCUCAAGAAGGUUCUGUGCAUGGGUGUCGCCGUCGGCAAUGUCGAGAUGACCCAGGAGCAGCUCGUUGGCAACAUCAUGCUCGCCAUCAACUACCUCGUCUCUCUCCUGAAGAAGGGCUGGCAGAACGUCGGUAGCCUUACCAUCAAGGCUACCAUGUCUCCUCCCAAGCGCCUGUACUAA